AUGUUAAAUUAUGCGGCAUUUAUAAACUUCUCUCUGGCAGGUUUUGGAGAUCAUAUUCACUGGAGAACACUAGAGGAUGGGAAGAAAGAGGCAGCAGCCAGUGGUUUGCCUCUUAUGGUUAUCAUCCACAAAUCUUGGUGUGGAGCUUGCAAAGCUUUAAAGCCAAAGUUUGCUGAAUCCAAGGAGAUCUCUGAACUUGCCCAUAAUUUUGUUAUGGUCAACCUUGAGGAUGAUGAAGAGCCAAAUGAUGAAGCCUUUAGUCCUGAUGGAGGUUACAUUCCCAGAAUCCUUUUCAUGGACCCCAGUGGAAAAGUCCACCCAGAAAUCAUAAAUGAGAAAGGAAACCCCAGCUACAAGUAUUUCUAUACCAAUGCUGAUCAAGUUGUCCAAGGGAUGAAGGAGGCCCAGGAGAAGCUAACAGGUGAUGCUUUCAAACAAAAACACCUGGGAGAUGAACUAUAAUGAAUACACUGAAUGAUGCUUUUCCAUCACUUCAAAACUCUAAAAGGAAAUGAUUAAACAGACCGAGAAUGUAGAUGCACUGGAGGGACAUAAUUCUUCUGUCAACAAUGUUAGGUUAAACCCUGUUUGGAGUUCACAUACAUACAUCAGUUACAGUGUUAUCUCCUCUGCCUGGCUGUUUGUACUGUACCAGUCAUUUGCAACUAGGUAAUGUGCAAACACAUCUGUUUGUGUGUUUGAGCAACCACUAAUAUUUGGUGUUAAAAGGGAGGUGUGUAGGGCAAAACAUUAUUUGAGGACAAACGGUGUGAUUGGAAUAACUAGAAGUAGCCAGUAUUUUGACAAUUGGGGUUGAAUCCCUCUUUUCUCACUGGUAUUAUGUGAUCCCAUUGUUUCUACUGGGGAUUCCUAUGAAUGGGGCAUGUUCCCGGGCCAGGUGUUUUUUAGACAUCCCAACCCAUGAAUUCUGCCACUAAGCCAAGCAGAAUAAAUUUCAUGAAUGUCCAAGUAGCAUGUGAAUUUAUUAGCUCUGCAAACACAUUUUUGUGUAAAACUGUGUGUGAUUCAUCUUUAUUUGCCUUUGGGCAGAAAUUUAACUUUUUCCUUGUGCACUCACCUUUUGAUUGUUUUAUCGAGUGAGGGUGGGUUAUGUUGAAGCUUUACGAGGGUUCCCCUUUUAUUCUUUGAAUGUUUUUCGGUGAAUGCCUUGCCAUCACAUUUUACUGUAUUUUUGUAUCAGGGUGAAAAUUAAACCUUUUUAAACAUAAGCAUGCAGACAGUGUUUUGUGGUAAAGACCAUAGCUUUCCAUUCUUAAGGAUGGGGGAAUAUAAUUUUGUUUAUGUUGCAGUGGUUAUUAAUGUUGAAUGUCACAGCUGAAGAAGGUUUCUCCUUUUUAUAAAUAAAAAAACAACAGUUGCUUUUCAUAUAAUUCAGCCAUUCUUACACUACCUAUACUGUCAAGGGCAGGGUAAUACCUACUGUUUAUCUACUGGAGCUGAAAAGAAAAAUAGAGGGGAAAAAAAUCACCUCUGUUGAUCUGCUGGUAAUGGUUUUCCUAGUGCAGCGCACGAUGCUGUUGGCCACCUUUGCCACAAGGGCACAUUGCUGGCUUAUGGUCAACUUGUUCUCCACCUGGACUUCCAUGUCCUCCUCAGCAAAGCUGCUUUCCAGCCUGUCAGCCCCCAACCUGUGUGCACAGGUUAUUCCUUCCCAGGUGAAGGACUUCGCAUUUCCCUUUGUUGAGCUUCCUGACAACCCCCUCUGCCCAUUUCUCCAGCCUGUUGAGGUCCUUCUGAAUGGCGGCACAACUGUCUAUCAACUUCUCUCCUCAGUUUUGUAUCAUCUGCCAGUUUGCUGAGG